UGCUAACUAGAAGAAUGGGCGGCAAAUCCCAUGAUACAACCUAACUGAUUUUUCUUAUAUCAUUCUCACUAUGAUGUAAACAUACCAGAGUCUAUCUAAUAUAUAGAUCUUGAUAACUAACUAUUCUACUAGACUUAACUCUAAAAAUAGUAUCUACAAGCAAUGUCUGGUGAUGCCGAAGAUGCUUUAAUCAAAGAAUCACUAAUCAAGCAUGAUGAUGAUUCUGAUCACUCUUCUGGAUCUCAAUCUUGGGUAACUGAAGAAGAGUCUACAUGUAGUUCUGAAUUUGACUCCGAGCCUGAGGAUGGGUUGCCAGAAAACCAAGGAGCUGAACAAAUGGAACAAAAUGAAAUCAUUGAGAAUGAAAACUUUAAAUCUUACCUUGAUCUCGAUGAUGCUGAGGAAGUCACUGUUCCAAAGUUCCAGCCCAAUGGCAUACCAGGAUUAGUCUUAAUGGACAGGGAAAAGUUCUUAACACCUGGAGCCUUCUUUAAACUUUUCUUUCCUCCGGAUCUAAUUCAGAAAAUAUGUGAUUACACCAAUGAGCAUGUCAGUGCUAUUCAAGCCCCAAUACCCAAGGUAGCUGUUGGUUGGACUCCCAUGACUCCUGAUGAAAUGUAUUCCUUUUUAGCAUUAAUCCUAUACUGCAGUAAUGUAACACUGGCUGAUAUAGAGCUAUAUUGGUUAAAGAAAGAGGAGGAUCCUCGAGGAGUUUUUUCACAUAUAUGGGCCAGCAGAAUAAUGUCACAGGAAAGAUAUGUACAAAUCCAGAGCUUCUUAAAAGUUGAGAUCACCGAGCCUGAACCAAGACAAGACAAGAGUAAAUUGAGAAACGUUAAAAUACUGGCUGAGCAGAUUCGACAAGCUUGCAUGAAGUAUUGGGUGCCUAAUGAAUACAUUCGAAUAGAGAAAAGGGUGGUCGAAGACUCAAUUUUUGAUACUAAACACGCAGUGAGGUUGUGGCACCUGCAAGACGCAGUGUCUGGAUAUUUUUGGAACUUUGAUUUCUUUUUAGGGAAGAAGAAGGACAGCGAAAUGGCUGAUUGGUGGCGAGAGACGGUGAUGAAACUUUGUUCACCUCUUUAUGGGCAGGGCUACAAGCUGUUUGUUGAUAAUUCACUAAAUUCUAUUCAGUUGUUUAAAGAUCUUUUUGAAAAUGGAAUAGGGGCUUGUGGGACAAUCUCAAAUCACCAAGUGGGAUUUCCAGACUGCUUGAAAAAUAUAAGAGAGUUCCAACAAAGGUCUGAGAGAGGCUCAAUGAGAUGGGUAAGGAGAGGUAAUCUUGCGUUUGUUCAGUGGAAGGAUACUGAAGUCACAAUGUUCAUUCAGUGGAAGGAUACUCAAGUCACAAGCUUGAUAACCACAAUGCACAAACCAGCCAAUGAGGAAACAGUGUGCACUAGGCAAGUUAACGUAGAUGGCCAGCAAGAAAAAGUGGAACUGAGGCAGCCUGUGGCUGUUAAAGAUUUCCUCCAAUACUUUGGUGAUAAAGAUAGAUCAGAGGAUGUGAUUGAAAAGAUCACUCACCUAAUGAGAAAAAUGAAGUUUUGGAAAACAGUAUUAUACCAUUUGAUUGAAGUGGCCAGAUCUAAUUCAUUUGUCAUGUUUCAACUUUUUCGUAGUUUGGAGGAGAAUAAAAAUGUGGACAAAUUAGCACGAUCCAGAGAUUAUAAAGAGAUAGACUUUACCAUUGAAUUAGUUCAAGAAUUGGCUCAAAUUAAAGUGUAAGAAACUGUACAUUUGCUGAUAAUUUACUUGUUGGAAUGAUCAUGAUACACUAUCAACAAACAUUUGUAUUGAAAGGUUGUUAAAACUAUGUCAUUAAGCUACUUUCAAAGCUCCACAAAUGUUACACAGAUUGUUCUUUAUUAAAAUGUUAAAAAAAAAAUUAAAUUUCUUUUCGUAUUGCUGAAUGGUUUUAAAAUGUGAAAAACAUUUUUUAAGAGAAUAAAAAUUAAUAAAUU